GAGAAAGUUUUAGAUGGUACUAAACAAACGUGAAAGAAACAUCCAGAUAUUAUUAUUAACCGUACCAAUAAUGUGCAUGAUGAACAAACUAUUUCAAUUCGAAUAUUUUUAUUGUUUAAAUGAUUGAGAGAUUUAUUCAAGAACUCAAUAUACGUUUUUGUACUUACUCAUAAAAGUGUGCAGAAUUCGAAAUCAAAUUGUAGAAGUCGUAGGGUAAUGCUACUGAUUUAUAAAAACCGUAGUGGAAGUGUAUAUGCACUUCAAUAACUCCAUAUACUUUAUCUAGUUUUAUAAUGGUAUGUAAGAUGAAACGUAAGAGUUUCCCUCUUGAACGUCAAAACUAAAAUCAUACGAAGAGAUAUGAAAUAAUCAAUAGAAAGCAGAAGGCGUUAAGGACAUAUGGUAAAAACGCAUCACUAUAAAAAAUGCACGACACAUUAGGAGAAUGUUAUGCAUUACCGUUUCCGUAUAUUGACAGUGAAUAUUUACACGUUUCAUUGUGAAUGUUUCAAGCUGCAACAGAGUACAUUAUACAUGCACCGGUCUAUAGAAUCGGUAAACCAAUAGGAAAGGAUGCAUUUCUCGGUGCCCCCUAACGACUCAGACGAUGCAGUCUGCGUUCGAUUAUGGACGAGGACACCUUCGAGAAACGAUACUUGGGCAUCUUAAAAACGCUCGGGCGUUUGGCAGGAAUAUGGCCUGAUCAGAAUAAGCUCGUCAAGUACAUUUUAUGGAUCAUCUUGUACAGUGAAAUUGUGACAAGUGUACUGGUUCAAAUAACAAGAAUCAUACAUGUUAAAACUGUAAAUGUUUUCAUAGACCAUCUACCUCUAAUAGGCACGUGCCUGGUGUUCGCAUUAAAACAGGGUAAUUAUGUUCUGAACGCGACGAAGUACAAGUUACUUUUGAAAAGUAUGUACCGGGAUUGGACAAUGGAUCGAUCGGACGACGAGAUCGCUAUUAUGUCGAAGUAUGCUAAAAGGGGCACGAUUCUUGCAAUGUUUUAUAUAGUGAACGUAACUUUCUGCUCUAUCCUGUUCCUGCAACUACCAUGGACAACGCGCCUUUUGGCCUGGUUACAACACUCUAAUACAACGCCGAUGAUAUUCGUCAUACCGGGCUACUAUUUCGCUGACGAGCACGAAAUUUUUUACCUCAUCCAACUGCACGGCAGCUUGGGAAUAAUAUUUGUGGCCAUCGUGAACAUGGCUUGCGAUUCGAGUUUCACAAUCGUCGUGCAACACGCGUGCGGAUUACUGGCUGUGACUGGAUAUCGAUUCAAACACGCGAUCGAAUCCUAUUCAUACGAUAUUAAAAAUUCUGAACAAUGGGUGAAACACAAUGAAAGAGUCCGCUUCUCUAUAAUAGCUCAUCAACGGGCUAUAGGGUAUGUGCAGCAAAUAGAAGAUACACAUGCUACAUAUCUUUUCCUGUGCAUAGGCAUAGUGAUCUGUUCCUUUAGCAUUACAUUGGUCAAGGUGGCCACAAUGGACGUUUGCCUGGAUUUUUACAAAUAUGUCAGCUUUUUAUUGAUUCAGCUAAUACAUUUGUUCUAUCUAACGAUUCAGGGUCAGUUCGUGGAAAAUGUUUGCGACCAACUGUAUAAUAAAAUAUACGAAGCAUUGUGGUACAAUACCAAUGUGAAAACACAGUUGUUGUAUGUAUUAGCAUUACGAAGAAUGUUAACACCACCUCGUUUGACAGCCGGCGGUUUAAUAGAUAUGAACAUGGAAAGCUUCUCAGAGGUGGUGAAGCUAUCUGUCUCAUAUUAUACAGUAAUAAGAUAAAUGUAUCCCAAAUGUAUAACAUGAAGUAAAUGGGCAGAUUUCUGGAUGCGAUAUGUAGCAGGUUAGCGAGAGAAUGAUGAUUUAUAGUCAUUCUUAUUGCAAAUUGCCAAAUAAUGACACUUCUAAGUUAUGUUGAAGUUAACAAUAAAUUGUUGAAUA